GCAUAUGCCCGCCUUCAAUGGAGGACGAGAUGCCUCAAACCGAACCCGCCUACCUCUCUACAAAGUUGACUCGAUCACACUCUCUCUCUUUCACUCUCUCCCUCUCUCUCACACACAAUCACACUCACACUGACUUGACAGAAACCUUCGUCUAUCCCGUCGCGUGGUGUGCAUACAUCAUAAUCAGGUGCGCUACGGCACACGCUCGUAACAGAAAAGCUCCACUCGAAGCAUCCACACUGGCUGCUGACAUUUUGCCCUAAUCGAAAGCUAUCCAUUCAUUCUCGCCUAUCAAUUUUCGAUCGCGCGGGAAUUCAUCUUUAUUCAUCUCAGCCGGUCCUAAAUUCUGAAUCGUUUCUGAUUUUGGUGACUCACAGUGCGUUGUUGAAGCUAAAAAGAUGAGCGAGACUAAGAGGUUUCAGUUGGGGACGAUCGGCGCGCUCACUCUGUCGGUGGUUUCCUCCGUUUCUAUAGUGAUCUGUAAUAAAGCGCUUAUGAGUACUCUGCAUUUCAUUUUCGCUACAACACUGACGAGCUGGCAUCUCCUGGUUACUUUUUGUUCUCUUCAUGUGGCACUAUCGAUGAAAUUCUUUGAGCACAAACCAAUAGAUUUUCAAACUGUAAUUGGAUUUGGCAUCUUAAAUGGAAUUUCAAUUGGAAUGUUAAACCUCAGCUUAGGUUUCAAUUCAGUUGGUUUUUAUCAGAUGACCAAGUUGGCGAUUAUCCCCUGCACAGUACUCCUGGAAACCCUUUUCCUUGGGAAGAUAUUCAGUAGGAGUAUCAAGCUUUCUCUGGGCUUUCUGCUCCUAGGUGUUGGAAUUGCUACAAUUACUGAUCUUCAGCUCAAUAUGCUAGGCUCAUGUCUCUCUUUCCUUGCAGUUGUUACCACCUGCGUCGCUCAAAUUAUGACCAAUACCAUCCAGAAGAAAUAUAAGAUUUCGUCAACCCAAUUACUGUAUCAGUCUUGUCUAUAUCAAGCAAUGACCUUGCUCAUCUCAGGUCCAUUCCUGGAUAGGCUUUUGACUAAACAAAAUGUAUAUUCGUUUGAAUACACGCCAAAAGUAGUUGGUUUUAUUGUUCUGUCCUGCCUGAUCUCAAUCUCCGUCAAUUUCAGCACAUUCCUUGUGAUAGGAAAGACGUCUCCCGUCACCUAUCAAGUUCUCGGGCAUCUUAAAACUUGUUUAGUGUUGGCAUUUGGUUAUUCUUUGCUUCGGGAUCCAUUUAGCUGGAGGAACAUACUCGGAAUAAUGGUUGCAUUGGUUGGUAUGAUCUUAUAUUCAUAUUUUUGCACCCAAGAGAAUCAAGCAAAAGCUGAAGAAGCAUCAGCACCGAACCAGCGAAAGGAAGCUGAAUCCGAUCCCCUUUUACACGUUGAAAAUGGUACGUCUAAGUUAACUGAGCUGCCUGUGUCAAAGGGCACAGCUUGGGAAGUAGACAAAGAUUUGCAUGCCUGAAGAAAUGAAUCUUGGUAUAUAUGAGCCCCUUUCUACACAUGAACAUCUUCUGUAGCAUGCAAAUGCAAGUUCGGUUCAAGAUGUAGGCGAAGCUCUCGCUUAGUUCACAGCAUUGGGAUGAGUUCAAGGAGUCUUUUCUAUUAUGUCUGUGCUAAGAAAUUCCCAUGUCUAACAUAAUAAGACUCUCUUGUGACACAUUAUUCCUUGUUCUGAUAAAAAUAAGAAAAAAAUAGUAAAAA